AUGAAGGCUAGAAUAGGAGGUGAAGCUCCGGUUUAUUAUGGUCUAGGUUCUGCCGGUUUAAGGGUUGUGGGGCAGAGAAGCCUUGAAUGGGAUCCCACUGAUUGGAAAUGGGAUGGAGAUCUCUUCCUUGCUACCCCUAUCAAUCCUAAUGUUUCGAAUUGCCAGAGCCAGCAGUUUUUUCCUCUUGAGACUGGAAUACCAACGGCUGGGGGUCCUUCUAAUAGGUCCUCUUCCUGCUCUGAAGAAUUCAAUCACUGGACUGAUAAAGAGAAGAAUGAUUUAGAUAAGAAAAGGAGGCUUAUUGUCAAUGAAGACAACAAUUUGACAGAUGGGGCCGGCAGUCUUGCGUUGCAGCUCUUCAAAGAAGACAAUUCUAGAAUGGAGAGGGGCGGGGGGAACUGUGAUAGAACGCCUGGGAAAAAGACUAAGUUCGCCGGAGCUACUUCAAGUCGUGCGCUUUGUCAGGUUGAGGAUUGUGGGGCUGAUCUGAGUAAGGCUAAAGACUAUCAUAGAAGGCAUAAGGUUUGUGAGAUGCAUUCCAAGGCCAAUAAGGCACUCGUUGGUAAUGUCAUGCAACGAUUCUGCCAGCAGUGCAGCAGGUUUCAUGCUCUCCAAGAGUUUGAUGAGGGGAAGCGAAGUUGCCGGCGACGAUUAGCUGGCCACAACAAAAGGAGGAGGAAAACCCAACCUGACAAUGUUAACAAUAACAACCCUAUGAAUGAUAACCAGACGAGUGGUUAUCUCUUAAUGAGCUUACUGAAAAUACUCUCCAACAUGCAUUCCAGUAGACCGAAUCUCACGGAUGAUCAGGAUAUAUUGUCUCAUCUUUUACAGAGCUUUGCCAGCCAUGGCUCCUUACACGGUGAAAGGACCAUAUCAGGGCAUCUGCAGGAAUCUAAAAACAUCUUGAGGAGUCUGCCUUGCAUGGAGAAUUCAGAGUCGAUAAUGGCCUUGCUCUCAAAUGGUUCUUAUGGCCAAAGACAACAUUGUAUGAUUCCCACUGAUGAUAUGCCAAGGAAGGACAAGCCCAGACAUUUGGCAACUUCUCAGAGGCCAGGCGUUGUGUUCCCCAUCCUAAGCAGUUCGCCACCUUAUGCCGAAGUCAGGGACAAUUCUUCUGGGAGAAGCAAACUAAAUAACUUUGAUUUGAAUGAUGUAUAUGUGGAUUCUGAUGAUGGCAUGGAGGAUGCUGAAAUGUUGCCUGCCCCUGUGGAUCUGGGAGCUGUUUCUCUUGAGCACCCUUCAUGGGUGCAACAAGAAUCCCAUCAAUCAAGUGGAAAUUCAGAUUCAGCAUCUGCCCAGUCACCUUCCAGUUCCAGUGGGGAUGCUCAGGGCCGCACAGAUCGCAUUGUUUGCAAACUAUUUGGAAAACAACCGAGUGAUUUUCCAGUCAUUUUACGAGCACAGAUUCUUGAUUGGUUAUCUCAUAGUCCUACUGACAUAGAAAGCUACAUUAGACCUGGUUGUAUCAUUUUGACAAUAUAUCUUCGUCAAUCUGAGUCUGCAUGGAAGGAGCUCUGUUGUGAUUUAAGCUCCAGUUUGAGUAGGGUUCUGGGUUUUUCUGGUGAUGACUCUUUCUGGAGAACUGGAUGGAUUUACAUCAGGGUGCAAAAUCAAAUAGCAUUUGUAUACAAUGGUCAGGUUGUUGUAGAUACUGCUUUGCCUUUCAGCAGCAAUAAUCACGGUACAAUUCUAAGUGUCAAACCAAUUGCCGUGACAGCAUCCGAGAGAGCUCAAUUUUUUGUUAAAGGCUUUAAUUUAUCACGGCCCUCCGCGAGGUUACUCUGUUCCCUGGAAGGUAGUUAUCUGGAAUCUUAUAGCAAGUCGCUGGAACAUGUUGAUGGCCUUGAGGGGAAUGUUCAGUGUCUGAACUUUUCCUGUUCCAUUCCAGCAGUUAAUGGGAGAGGCUUUAUUGAGGUUGAAGAUCAUGGUCUCAGUAGCAGCUUCUUUCCAUUCAUAGUUGCUGACGAUGAUGUUUGCACUGAGAUCUGUACACUUGAGAGUGAAAUUGAAUUGGCUGUGACAGAUUCGUUCCUCCAAGGCACUGAAAAAUUGGAAGCACACAAUCAAGCCAUGUAUUUCAUCCAUGAAAUGGGAUGGCUUCUCAGCAGAAAUAGUUUGAAGUCUAGGUUGGGGCACUUGGAUCCGAACUCAGACCGUUUUCCUUUUAAUAGGUUCAAGUACCUCAUGGAGUUCUCUGUUGACCAUGAUUGGUGUGCCGUUGUAAAUAAACUCUUGGACAUUCUUUUCAGUGGACUAGUGGGAGCAGGAGAGCAGCAUUUCUUGAAGUUUGCACUGCAAGAGAUGGGCCUCCUUCACCGAGCGGUGCGGAAAAAUUCUAGGUCUCUUCUGGCACUACUGAUGAGAUACGCCCCAGAGAGUGUUGCAAAUGAACUAAAUUCAGAAUAUGAAUCUCUGGUUAAAUGUGAUGGGGAUUUCUUAUUCAGACCUGAUGUUGUAGGGCCUGCAGGUUUGACACCUCUUCACGUUGCUGCUGGUAGGGAUGGAUCUGAGGAUAUACUGGAUGCACUGACUGAUGAUCCUGGAAAGGUGGGAAUUGAAGCUUGGAAGAGUGCUCGUGACAGCACAGGAUUUACGCCCGAAGAUUAUGCUCGACUGCGAGGCCACUAUUCUUACAUUCAUCUUGUGCAGAGGAAAAUUAACAAGAAGGUAUCUUCUGGGCAUGUGGUUGUUGAUAUUUCUGGCACUCUUUCAGAUGGAAGCAUCAAUCAGAAGCAAAAUGGAGGGGUUGCAGCUGGUUUUGAGAUAGGAAGGACAAUUCAGCGGUCGUGUAGGGAUUGUGAUCAGAAGCUUGCUUAUGGUAUUGGCAAUCGAUCUCUGGUGUACAAGCCUGCAAUGCUCUCAAUGGCGGGCAUAGCUGCCAUAUGUGUUUGUUUGGCUCUUCUUUUCAAAAGCUCGCCUGAAGUUCUCUUCGUGUUCAGUCCCUUCAGGACCGCUGAGGUGGAUUCUUCUUUCGAGCUAUCUCCUCUAUUAUCUGUCCUUGUGGGUUUUGGCCGCAAUGGUGGAGGUGGGAUGAGAGAGCAACAAACUAUUGCACUGCAUGUGGAUGCUCAAGCAUGGUCCAAUCUCGGUGCCAGAUCUUUGAAUUCACCACCUCCUGUUUUCCCACUUUGA